UGUGUUUUGAUUUUCUCUAUAUGUGCCCAAUAAUUGUUUGUUCAUCCCCCCUCAUUUUGUUGUUUCCAAUUCUUAUUUUGAAAUGAAAAUUCAAAGGUUUCAACCCAUGUAGAGUCUUCUAUAUAAGUAGUUGUGUUGUGAUGCCCUCAUCCACAAUCCCUUCUGAAUUAAGUGUUUUUCCUCUUCAUAAUUUGUUCUUCAUUCCCUCUUAAGAUGUCUCUCAGAGUUGAUGAUGUGUCCAAGAUUGAUGCUUCCAAAGAAACUUGGGCCAUUGUUGUGAAGGUUGUAAGGUUGUGGUUUACUCCUAGCUACUCUGGAUCUAAGCUCCCUUCAUCGUUGGAGAUGGUUUUGAUGGACUCCAAGGGCUGCAAAAUACAUGCUUCAAUCCGGCGUACUUUAGUCUACCGAUUCAAGAAUCAGUUGUUUGAGGGCCGUGUAUACCAGAUAUCAUUUUUUGGUGUUUGUGAGAACGGCGGUGAUUUCAGGACGACCUCUCAUCCAUACAAGGUUAAUUUUCAAAUGCAUACCAGUGUUAGGCUUAUGGUUAACACCCCCAUCACAGGAAAACCUUUUACCUUCAUGCCUCUAUCUGAUGUUGUCUUCAAGGAUCCUGACACAUCCUUCCUCAUAGAUGUCAUAGGUAUCUUGACUGGCUCCUCUGGUGAGCAGGAGUUUGAGAAGCAUGGUAAAGUGCAAAAGAGGAUCACACUAGAAAUUGAACAGGAAGGAGUUCGUGUCGAGGCAGCUUUUUUUGGAAAAUAUGUGGAUGAAAUUGUUGGGCAAUUGGCUUCUGGGGAUAUGACGAACGCUGUAGUUGUUGUCCAAUUUGCGAAGAUAAAACCGUUUAAAGGGAGGCCUAGCAUUCAAAACGUGUAUGGGGCAACCCAAAUUCUUUUUAAUCCUGCUAUUGAUGAAGCUGGUCCAAUUCGAGAAAGGUUUUUUGAGACUAAUGGCCCUGCUGCUAAAGUCAUUUGCCAGCUUCAGGAUUCGGCAAAACUAUCUCCAGCAGAGGAUUUUCUAAAACAAAAUGAAGGGAAAACCAUUGAGCAGAUUAAAGAUUUGGCUGAGGAUUGUUUAUUUUAUUUUGUUUUUAUUUGUUGGUUUGGUUUUUUUUUAUAAUGUUUUUUCCAUUUCCCUAA